CUCCGCUGUUAUGCUGCUUGUAAACUGGCGAAUUACACCCCUACAGCUUGUAACAACCCACUUCAAGGGACAGGACCACGCUCCAAGUUUUCGUCGUCUUUGCUACAUCAGGAUAUUUUUCAGAAUUACAUCUCACUCUAGGAGUCCCCAGUGUUCCUGACAGGUUAAUUAACUUGGUCAUCUUGGAAAUUUCCCGAGUUAGUUUCUCCCCCUCUGUCAGGAAAUACUUCACUCUAGGUUUAAAAUUAAGAUGCAGGAGAGACGGUUUACUCAUCUGGUCGUCUGCGGUCUGUUCCUCUUCAUGAUGCCUUCUCAAGUUGUAUCGACGUGGUGGUUUAUCAGUCAACUCAGCGCGGUAGGCACCCGUAUCAUGUGCGACAACAUCCCGGGGUUGGUGGGCAAGCAGCGGGAGCUGUGCCGGAAUUACCCGGACGUAAUGGUCAGCAUUGGCCGAGGGGCCCGGGAGGGCGUGAAGGAGUGUCAGUACCAGUUCCGCAACGGUCGCUGGAACUGCAGCACCAUGGACAGGGACACGUCGGUCUUCGGCAAAGUCAUGCUAAAAAAAGCCAGCAAAGAGGCGGCCUUCGUCUACGCCAUCUCCUCGGCCGGCGUGGUGCACGAGAUCACCCGGUCCUGCAGCAAGGGGGAGCUGCUGGACUGUGCCUGCGACCCGUCCAAGAAGGGCUCCAGCAGGGACGAGCACGGUGUGUUCGACUGGGGCGGCUGCAGCGACAACGUCCAGUUCGCCCACGACUUCGCCCGGCAGUUCGUGGACGCCCGUGAACGGAAGGACAGAGACCCGAGGGCGCUGAUGAACCUCCACAACAACCGGGCUGGUCGGAGGGCAGUGAUGAAAAACAUGAAGCUGGAAUGCAAAUGCCACGGCGUCAGCGGAUCGUGUUCAAUCCGUACCUGCUGGAAAGCCAUGCAGGACUUCCGAGAAGUGGGCAGCUACCUGCGGGCCAAGUACGACCAGGCCUCGGAAGUGACCAUGGUCCAGGACGGCACGGGGCUCAGCGUGAUUAGAACCCAUCGCAGGCCAAACCGGGCUAACCUGGUGUACUUCGAAGAAUCGCCGGACUACUGCAAACAUGAUCCUGAAACCGGUUCUCUGGGCACGGCAGGCCGAGUCUGCAACAAGACGUCCCAGGGGCCAGACAGCUGUGACGUCAUGUGCUGUGGGCGGGGCUACAACACCAUGCGCGUGCAGCGCACCAGCCAGUGCGAGUGCAAGUUCCACUGGUGCUGCUUCGUCCGCUGCAGCGAGUGCACGGAGACGGUGGACCAGCACACCUGCAAGGGCGUGUCCACCGACCAGGUGGGCGCCACGGAGGCGGGAGACGGGCCGGCGUCCACGCAGACGCUCCGAGACGGCAGCGAGGCGCCCACGGCGGCUGAAGUGACCACGAAACCGAGGAGGCAGGGGCGAAAGCCUUCCAAGAGGAGGGAUAAAAAACGGAGACGCCAGGGUGGCCAAUCGAGAAGCAGAGAAACGACCGCAGUACACACUGAAACAGUCGUCCAUAGUUUAGUAACAGCAACUAUAUAAAUUCAUCCAAAGCCCUGGAAGUGUACACCUAAGGCUUUAAGGCGUGUAGCCUAACCGGCACCUAAGAACUGUGAAUAAUGUACAAAUAAUAUAUUAUAAGCAACAUAGUAUUCUGUCAAAGGUAAUCGCGGCAACUGUCAACACUGCCCGUUCACAACGGUACUACUUUCCUGCUGGGAAGGUUCACAGCGUUGGCGAUAUUGGUUUCCGAAGUACAUGCUCCAAACGCAAGGAAAGCUACUACAUGUACUGAGUGCAAUUCAAACACGAAUUGUACGUGACCAAGUGAAUGUCAUUAUCAAAUGCGUGUAAACCUGACCAGACCAUUAAUACAUGUUUUACUUUCGCUUGAGUGCCUUCCAGAAUAGUGAAUCUAAUCAUUUCUUCAAUGCUUUAUUUUUUAAGCUGUUCAUUUGCAACCAGUAGGCCUAAGGAGUCAAAGAAAUUACGUACCCGAAAUUCGACCUUGUUGUCAGCUUCCAUUGUCCACGGUUCCAGUCCCUCGCACAGACACAUUAAUCACAACAUGAAUGUAAUCGUACAUAAACGUUGAGCUAAACUAUGCAAUUAAGACUUUUCCCAUCAUAAACCCAAUCUUUAAAUUGCUAAAUGUCCUGUAAAUAAAACGGAACGGUUAAUGUACUUUGAUGAUAAUUAUGCCUGAUUUGAAUACGGUAACGUUUAAUUUACAUAAAGCCAAAAAUCAAUUGUACUAUAGUUCAGUAAAUACGAACGCCAUGUAUAUAAUUAAACGAAACAUAAAUCAUACGAUUUUAUUCAGUUACACAGACCGAAUUUUGCGUCCUGAUUGCUGUCUUUGAUAGGUUCUGGAAAAUAAGUUUCAAGAAAGGGAGUAGGCCAUUCAUACAUCGUGCAAGCGAGAAGCGAGAGUUGUUUUAUUCGCCUGCAGCGUCAAAUGACCUUUGUAAUAACAGAGUUUUAA